AUAGGUUAGCCUCCGCAACCAGAAGCCGCUUGAAGUUCGGGAAGCUGAAUAGAAGUGUCUGAGGAUUAUCAGAAGAGGUCUUUCGAUUUGGGUUUUUGGCAUAGAGAUGGCUAAAAGAUUAAGCUCGACGCUCUUUGUUAGCAGAUUAUCAUUUUACACCACUCAGGACAAACUCAGGCAGAUGUUUUCACCUUUUGGGGCUGUCACGGAAGCUAGGUUAGUUAUAGACCGUGAAACUCGAAGGCCCAAAGGUUUUGGUUUUGUGACAUACGAGUCUGAGGCUGAGGCACAGAAGGCUCUGAAGGUCAUGGAUGGCCGGAUGAUUGAUGGGAGGUUGAUUUUUGUUCAAGUUGCACAAAAUGAAAGGCAAACCGAGGAUAAUAGCUCUAGAUAGUCCUUUUUGCAAGUUUCCAAAUUGGGUAGAUUAGUAUGCUGUUCAAUAUGUGAUUAUUAGCUCUUGAUAGUCAUGAUAUUGUCUAUUGUGAUAUACUAAAAACUAUCCAGAGGAUAUCUGCUCUUGAAAGUGUUUUGAACUCCUUAUUCACUUUGACCUUCUAUAAUGUUAUUCUGAUUUCACA